GCUAGCGGCUGUAGUGUUGGAUAGGUGGUAGAAGUUGUUAGUUGAAAGUCGGUAAUAUGUGACACAACAAAGUAACGGUCUAUUUGUUCCAUGAAGGCUAAAAAGCGUUAUCUAUUAGUUUUAUUUAGCUGCGCCUUUCUCAUACUAUGUUAUUUCGGAGGGUAUCGGUUGUGGGAAAGCGGCGAGAGUAAAGUUAACGGAAUAACGCACAAGAAAGAUAGACUUGGCUAUUUGGAUAUCUUGGAGUCAUACAGGGAGAAAGACCUUGUCUAUUCCCCGCGUCUCAGCAGGAAAGAAAGGAGCCUGAGUACAGACUCAGUCACGUGCUAUAUGGACACAUGCUUUGAUUUUUCUAGAUGUGUGGGUGACUUUAAAGUUUAUGUUUAUCCCAUUCAGGACAGGAUAUCACCCGUUUACCAAAAUAUUUUAAAUGUUAUUCAAGAAUCCAGGUUCUAUACUGACGAUCCUAGUCAAGCUUGUUUAUUUAUACUUUCAUUGGACACGCUGGACAGAGACCAUCUUAGUCCGGACUAUGUGAAAAACAUGCAGAUAAAAUUGAGUCAACAAGCUAAAUAUUGGAACGAUGGUAAGAACCAUUUAAUAUUUAACCUUUACUCCGGUACGUGGCCUGACUAUGCCGAAGACUUGGGUUUCCAUGUAGGGCAAGCUUUGAUAGCAAAAGCAAGUUUUUCGUUGUCAAAAUUUAGGCCACAGUUUGAUAUAUCCAUUCCACUGUUCCCGAAAAACCACCCCAAGAAAGGUGGCGAACGUGGCACUUUAACUUCAAAUAAUUUUCCUGUGAGUAAAAGAUAUACAUUAGUGUUUAAAGGUAAACGCUAUGUGCACGGUAUUGGUUCCGAGACUAGGAAUUCCCUGUAUCACGUGCACAAUAAUAAAGACAUAAUCUUAGUGACGACGUGUCGACACGGAAAAUCAUGGAAACAGAUGAAGGACGAGCGCUGUGAGGCUGACAAUAAGGAGUUUGACAGGUGAGG